UCGCUGUCCUGACGCUGUUCUCCCUCUUUCUUGAGGAAAGCAUCAUUUCUAUCGCAUGCCAUUCCAGCCAGUGCUUUAACUUCUCUUUCUCCCCUGGCUAGCCUCAAACCACCUCCUCACUCCUUGCUCUCACCUCAAAAGAACGAAUCAAGCUCCAAUUUUAACACACUCAUUUUUUUCUUCCCUUAAAUCCAACUUCUGCACGUCCGUUCAACCCUUUAAUUCUCCCUUUCUCGCUCUGGAAACCGUCUGUCUUCUUCAACCCCUCUUGCAUGCCCUUUAUCCAAUGAUCCGUUGGCGCUUUGCAUAAGAUCUUGGAAGUGAACCGGGUGUGUUUAUUGUUGCACUGCUUCUCUCCUGUUGAUUGACCACCAUGUCAAACCCCUUUGGUUCAGCAUGGCGCUCCUUUUGGCACACGAUGACCUCCUACGACCGGCACGCGUCCCACGACUCUCCAUAUCGAACAGGUAAACAUGUACCUCUCAGUCAAAGCCGGCAUGAGCCUCUCACAUCCAUCGCGACAAGCGCGAUCGAGUCCCGACCGGACCUCACCAGCCCUUACGAGGACGAGCAAGCGAAUGGAAUCAGUUCUCCAAGUCGCCCUUAUUCCCCUGGGAUGCGAUCAAUGUCCUCUCAAGCCCGUCGGUCAGCAGACCACGGCGCGGAAGGGGUUCCGGAGAUUCAAAUGCAAAGCUUCCACGAUGGGGCGCCACCUCCCCCUCCUGUGUCCCAUUCUUGGAGAAAAAUAGAACGAUGGCUAGAGCACAAUUACGAAGAGCUCUACGAUAACCUCUGUGAAGGGUGCACUCAGAAUGAUAUCAACGAGCUAGAACAUGAACUAGAUUGCAGCCUACCAUUAGAGGUUCGGGAAUCUCUGAUGAGUCAUGAUGGUCAAGAACGACCGGGUCUACCUACUGGUAUUAUCUUUGGCUGUAUGCUUCUCGACUGCGAGGAAAUUGUUCAAGAGUGGAAGAACUGGAGGACGGUGAACGAGGAGUUCCUCGCUUCCCCAUCGACAGUCAAUACUCCCCUUCCGAAGGCCACGGCCAGCUCAUCGUCCGCUCCCCCACCCCCUCAGGCGUCAAACCCGUUGUGGAGACAGGAAUUGCUCGAACGACAAGACUCACAGCCUCCAGGCGCCGUCCAGAAGGCCUAUGCUCAUCCCGCUUGGAUUCCCCUUGCUCGCGAUUGGGGCGGCAACUGCAUCGCAAUCGACUUGGCCCCAGGGCCCGCCGGGAAAUGGGGUCAAGUCAUCAUUUUCGGCCGAGACUACGAUUGUAAAUAUGUGAUUGCCCGAUCUUGGGCCGCUUUCCUUGCAGUGUUCUCGGACGACCUCUGCGGCGGUAAGGCUGUUGUGGACGAGGAUUCGAACGAGCUGAAACUCUUGGAAUUCAAGGCUCAGAAUGUGGAACCACCUUACCUAGAAAUAAUGCGUUGGAGAACGGAUCAAAAAUACGGCCGGAAGCAACCUCGCCGCAAGGCCCCGAACGGCUUAGGCCUCAGCACUGGCAGCAGAUCUGGAAAAGAGUCUCCUUACGGGAGCCCUGGACCCAGUGAAGAACGUGGAAGGUCACCACACCGUUUUCCGAAUCGCGGUUCGGCUCAAAGCCCCAAGAUGCAAUUCGGUAUAUCGAGUCCACUCGCUCGCGUCACCGAGGAAGUAUCGAGUCCGGUACACGGUAGUGCGGAAAGCGAAGUCGUUGAUGAGGGCAAUAAACACGGUACGAAAGAGUCUCAGGCCGAAGAUUUACUGGAGGUUGCGCCUCAAAAGGCUUCCGGAAAGGAGAACGAGGCGCUUGAAGAGCAACCGCCGGCGAAUAAGGCUGACACUGAAAGGUCGCAAAAACGCGAGUCUACGCCUGGCUCGGAUAACGAAGUCCUAGGCGAGAUGAAGAAUGUCGCUAUCUAAGCUACGGUCGUAUGUCUGUUCUCUCUAUGUUUUGGGUCCGCAUAUCAUGAACAACUUCAUUUCGCCGUUUUCGCGCGGGCUUCUCAUCUAUCAUUACCUGAAGUGUAUCCGGUGCAGUCGCUGAAACGAUGGGGUCCUUGAAGAUGUCUUUUCUUUUUUUUAUUU